GAUCGAUAAGUUUAGUUCCCUUCAGAUGAAAGUGGCCGGAACGUCCUGGUGGAAUCUCUGUUUCUCCGCCUCCCGACGGAACCUCAACUUCGCUCCCGAAGUCAAUGACAACCUGAGAUACUAAAUUACAUGGUCUGCCAUUGGCCCUGAUAUCCAUCACCUUUUUGGGUCAAUUCUUUCCCCUCUUCUUCUCAUAUAUCCUCCGAAUACAAUGCGGUCUACAUUCCGGUUGCUGGCCAACGUCAAGCCGGCCCGGUACCUGGAGCCUUUCGCUCCCACCGGUAUCACCGGCCUUGUCACUCAUCCCAGUCCCCGCCCAACUUUGAUCUAUCUCUACACAACUACCCUGCAGAAAUUGAAGGCCUUCCCCGAGUCUUCUGUCUAUCGCCAGUCCACUGAGGCUUUAACCCGCCACCGCUUGCAAAUUGUUGAAUCUACGAAACCUCCUGGCUAUGAGGCUUGGUUGGAGCGCGUGAAGAAGGCAAUUGGUACCGAGCCUGAGCGGUUCGCCUCUCUCCUUCGCCCAGAUGGCUCGUACGCGGCAGCCAUGCGCGGCGAUGGAAGCGACAAUCCCCGUGGUGAGGAGUGGGACGGAGAAGCCCUCGAGCCGACCAGUGAAGGCCCUGCCCGUACUCCAGAGGAAGAAGCUCGGUGGCAUCAGGCUAUCGAGGACUCGAUCAAGGCAGAGAACGAGUCUGAUUUCCAAACUCAUGCUAUGAAGUGGGAAAACGAACCCGCUUUGGAAGCAGAGCAGGUUGCCGAAAUCGAGAACCAGAUUGGCGCCGGCCUUCUUGAGGAGGUUAUCCAGGUCGCCGAGGGUGAGCUGAAGCUCGUUGACGAGAUGUCCAAGUCCAAGGUUUGGGAGGAACUAGAGGAAAAGCCCACCCCUGGCCAGUGGUCCUACUUUGAGCGCAAAGACUCUGCAUAAAGGCUGACCCCAAUGAAUAAAAGACUUGUUCAUUUCUAUGAUCCUUAACCCCACUUGUAUUUAUUAGCCGAUGCGUGACAAAUGGAAAGGAACGCUAUCUUGUCGAAAUUAUAUCCAUUAUUAGAAGGUUCAUGUCUUUAUGCCCUAUACAGCAAUCAAGUCCAAGGUUAUCUAGGGAGCCUCUUGCGCAAUAGACGAAGGUGGUUGAUCGUUGAAGCAUGGAACACUGUAGACAAUGUUAACAGCCACGCUGCUGUAUGUUUGUGGGCAUUGCGAUCACUUUAGCGGAUGCUUAGAAU